UCUUGAUAAUGACAAACAGCAGCGAAGAAGAAUGAAGUCGUCCUGUUUCAGAGCACUGACCUACACAAAUGUUGAUAUUUAGUAACAUAUGGACUAAAGAGUGAACGUGACAGAAUCUGAGGGUCACGUUGGAUCAAUGUUCAGGUGCAUUGUGGGAUCAUUAGCUUGGAGACUCAGGAUCAGGCUGCAAAACAGGAUGUCUCACUCCCUGGCUGCAGUCUGUCAGGUCACGGCCACCCCAGACAAAGAGGCCAACUUCUCUGCCUGCAAGCAGCUGGUGGAGGAAGCCAAACAGCGAGGAGCAAGCAUGGUCUUUCUGCCUGAAGGCUUUGACUACAUCGGAUCCAGUCGCGAGGAGACGUUGUCGCUGUCUGAGAGUCUGACAGGAGACACAGUCUCCCGUUACACCCAGCUCGCCAGGAAGUUGGACGUGUGGCUGUCUCUUGGGGGAUUUCAUGAGCGAGGACCUAAAUGGGAGACUGACAGACGAAUCUACAACAGUCACAUCAUAAUUAAUGAGAAAGGUGACAUUGUUUCAGUCUACAGGAAGUCUCACUUGUUUGACGUGGAACUGCCAGAAAAAGGUGUAUCCCUCAAAGAAAGUGCCUUCACCAUCCCUGGAUCUUCCCUCGUGUCUCCGGUCCAAACUCCCAUCGGCAAGAUUGGUUUGGGUAUCUGCUAUGACCUUAGAUUCCCAGAGUUAUCGCUGGCGCUGCAAAGACACGGUGCCGAGAUCCUGACUUACCCAUCAGCCUUCACCGUAGCCACAGGAGCUGCUCACUGGGAGGUGCUGCUUCGCGCCCGUGCCAUCGAGACCCAGUGUUUCGUAUUGGCGGCGGCGCAGGUCGGUCAACACCACGAGAAGCGCUCGUCAUACGGCCGCGCCCUGGCAGUGGACCCCUGGGGCGAGGUGCUGGGUGACUGUGGAGGAGAGAAACCAGGCAUGGUGCUGGUGGAGAUCGACCUGGACAAAGUCAGCAGCACAAGGAGAAACAUGCCGGUGCAGCAGCACCGCAGAGACUCUGACUUCUAUGACGGUGUUGAGAAAACUUGACGACAAGCGUGUCCACAUUGAAAUCUGUGUAAUCUGCCAGAUUGAAGAUGAAUGCAGUCAACAACCUAAACACAACAGUGUGUUUCAGUCAUCAAUUAUCAAGCAGACGCCGGGAAGUUUAAACUAUAGUGUGGAACUUAUACUGUAAACAAAUGUCCGUUACAAUCAAACAACUGUCAAAUUAGUUCACACAAUGCUGAUUAAGCUAAUCUCAUGUCACCCGGUGACAGUCCUCCACUUGCACACAAGGAAGUGAUUUGUUUGAUGUCAAGACAGACUCAAAGUGGCACGUGUAAUAAAGUGAGAGUAUGACUAAAAUCACAAAGAAGUGUCCAUGAAAAGAACGUGACAGGUCGCGUCUGUGUUGGCUUGUAUGUGUUUCUGUUCUACUGUAUCGUUUCAAAUGUUGAAAUGAAUAAUUCAUCAAAGAAUACAUUUGAAAAGAGUAAUUCAAUUCAAUUAUUAUUAGUUUAUUUGUCAGGGACCAUGUACAGAAGCAGAGUUAGCUGAAUAGCUCAUUUGCAUCUGUGGUCCAAAUUAGAUUGAGGUGAUCUUCAAUGUGAGAAAAUUGGCCAAAGUGGUUUGAUAAAAAAAUAGAUAAUUCAAAACAUUCCUGUUUUAUAUGCAUUGAUAGGUAAAAUUGUUGGGCUGUUCACAAAUCACUUGCAAUAUUAAAUCUUAAAUCCUAA